GUGUUUUCCGAGGUUAUGGGAAAACUGUACAAUUUCCAUCACCCUUUAACAGGAGAGCACUCCCCAGUGAUCAGUGAGGAAACAUACGACAUCAUCAUGAGGCAUGCGGAUGUGAGGCUUUUGUAUUUCCAACUCUUUUUCCCUUCUAAUAGGUUGAAUUUAAUACUGAAUGCGAUUUGGAGGCUCAACUCGGCCAUUGUUUAUGAUCACGACUUUUCGUACACCUACUUCGGCUUCAAAACUCUUGAACGUUCUUAUCUCUUGAAGAUCAACAAGGAGGUUGCGGAACGUCCUCAGCACAUGCUAAUGCGAGUUGCCAUUGAAAUUCAUGGAGAGGGCAUCAAUGCCGCCAUCGAUGCCUCAAUUUUCUUCGAUAAUUGA